GAGGCUCCAUUUCUCGAAAGUGUCGCACGCUAGUUUAGCGAGCAUACGAUAAUUUACUAGAAUGUGGAACGGUUAGUCGCUUGCGCAUCUUAAAAAAUAUUAGUACCAGUGAAUGCGUAGCAGUGUUUGUGUGUACAUACUACAUAUAUUUUGUGUUAUAUGUUUUGCUAUUGUUCAAAAUGAAGUGUGUUAAAAUUUUGUUUACGUUAUGUCUCAUAUUCACCAGCAGUUCAGGGAAGUCGGAGCAAAAGAGAUCCCUAGUUUUCCCACCUACCAGUCUUUACGGGACUUUCCUGGCCAUAGCCGUGCCUAUAGACAUACCUAACAAGAACGUGUUCGUGUCAUAUAACUUCGAGUCCAACUACAGUACGCUGAACAACAUUACUGAAAUUGAUGAAGUCUUAUUUCCUAAUCUACCGGUGGUUACAUCUAGACAGAGUCGCAGUAUAUCAAGAGAGCUGACUUACACUGUAUUAGAGAACCGAUUUCAAGAAUACGGCAUGAAAGGCAAGGAGUGCAUGCUGCGUAACAUUUGCGAGGCGGCCGAGACUCCGCUACACCACAACGGCAUUCUAGGACACAUCCUGCACAUUAUAUUCACACCGUCAUCAUCACGAGAGGAAGGUCUGGAUGACGAGUACUACGAGGCCGAAGCAGCUGGUCACCGCGGCGACUGUGACCAGUACCUGCAGGACUGUCCCACCAGCCUCUUCGAUUACAUCACCAGACUUGUUCAACUGCCACACUCGCAUUAAACGAUUUUAGGAGA